CUUAACAUCAGCUGAUUUUAGUCUGACAAUUAUUUCUCUUGGACGCGUGUUGUGUCUGUUAGGUUUCCCUACUCGAUGUGAGGUGCUGACAUCUUCCAUAUCAAGGGUAAUACCGGCUUGAUGGAUAGUCUCCAGAAUCUUCCCAGUUGUGUUUUCAUGGGUCGACUCCUCAAUUCCAGUUACUCCUACCAAAAGUCAACUCCUGUACUGCUCUAAUUAGCCUACUUUAUGUUCUCCUCCUCUAUUUUCCCUAUUUUGUUCUGUAAAUGUGUCAUUGCUUGCUGUACUUUUUCUUGGACGAGUUUAUCUAUUUCGUCACUCAUAGCUGAUUUUACUGCCUGUCAAUUUUUUUUUAUAUCACCAUUAGCUAUGCUUAUUGGACCAGUAACAAUGAUGGGUAGAGGAAUUGUUCAUGCUCCACAAUAUGGGUGGGGUCAUGAAUCGCUGUAAGGAGGGUGUUUUUAAACGGACUCUCUGAUGUUUCUCGAUCUGAAUUUGACCCAUAAUGGGUUUUCUUUGCAGACUGAACGACCUCACCAAAUGAACGAGACUUGUCUAAUAGUUCUUUUGUUUAAGUCCUUUUCAGUGGCCAUUUUUGUUGUGGUCAGCAAAGAAAUAUCAAAUAUUGAAGAAAAUUUGUAUUCGAGCACCACUUACAAUAAGUUAAUUCAACAAAGGACAAAGUUCCAUUGACUUACAUCAACUGAAUAUUUGGCCAUAUUAUGAAAUGAUUUUGGUGCAAAUAAUUGAUGCUUACUGUAAAUUGUUUAAAAUCGCUGUUUUCUGAUCCUAAAUUUGGAACUACUUCGUAAUAUGCGUAUGAACGUACGACAUACACAUGUUGGAGAUUUAAAUGUAAACAUGGAAUCAAAAGUAAGAAAAGUUUUAAAAACUAAGAUAAGACGUGUAAGAUAAGGGACAAACAGCUAAAUGGUAAAAAUGUACUUAACAAAGUGCCAGUGGGCUAUGAAAAGAUUCUGAUGUAUCCCCCGUUGCCAGACCUUUUAAAUGGGAAAGGAAACGAGAAUGACUGUUUAUAUCAUAUGAUUAUAUUGUCACGUGAUUCCAAGCGUUGUCAGGGGUGCAAGUGAAGCUUACGUAACACACCUUCUGGUGGGAGAAUGUUUCUAUUACAGUCUUUUAUGCCUCUAAUUAGUAAUUAGAGGAUCGCAUAUCUCCAGACCAGUAGCUCAUAGACUAGCACAAAGUGGACUAUCUGGGAGACAUUUGAUGCUAGUGUAACGUGUGCCCAUCCGAGCGGUCGAUUAUUGUGGGCACGUAAAAGGAUACCCCCGGGAUUUUGGAUAUUAUCAGAUUAAAUUCUAAAAUAUAACAGUUCGCUACCCGACAAACUACCAAAGUACAUAAUCAAUUUAUUUACAAUGAUAGACCUACAAUUUACCAAAUCAAUAUAUUCACCGUGAUAGGAAUAAGAAUCAAGACAAAUUUACAAUUCCUAUUUCCCUAUUUUGACUCUUUAAUUAUGCCUUGGACAAUUGGUUCUCUGUGUCACUGUCCCUGGACACUUGGUCCUCUUGCAAAUGCCCCUUGACAAUUAGUCAUCUUGCCAAUGUCCCUUGACACUAAAUUGGUUCUCUAGCCAAUGUCCCUUGACCCUCUUGCCAAUGUCCCUUAACACUUGACCCUCUUGCCAAUGUCCCUUGUCACUUAGUCCUCUUGCCGAUGUCCUUUGGUCCACUGGUCUAGGUUACUGGCUUACCCAAGGUCUCUAACUAGUUAGUUUACCAGCUCACUCUGACAACGGUGUACAGACUUAUCCAGUCCUUUUUACCAAUGUCAGAGUUACGAUGGUUAGCCAACUGGCGCAACUUAUAUUUCAGAAGUCAGCAUUUCGCAAAUUAUAUGGUCGUUAUAACGAUCUAGUUCGUCAGUACAACCUAUCACUGGGUUAAAUGCUGUCUGACGUGUUUCAUACCGAUUGUUAGGCCGUUCUUGGCACACUGAUUAACUCUGUUUACCUGAUCAGGAUGUAAGGCUCACUGCGGUGUGUCCAGGGGUCCGUGUUUGCCCAACUAUCUAUUUUGUUUGCUUAAAGGACACAUCGCAUGUUUUUAAACUUUUUAAUUUUUUCAGCAAAAUUAAUUCAUUUCAUGCCUAAAACUACUUUACAUGUGUUUUAAAUAAAACAUUUUGCGUAGUUUUCGAGUUUGAAAGCGAUGAAAUUCAAAUUUUGCGAUAUGCAUAUUUUCUUCGAUAAUUUACGCGCCAUUAUCUGUGACGUCAUAUGCGACCUCGAGCGAGAAGAUUUGAAAACAGUUGUUAGCCAUUUCAUAAACAUAUUAGAUUUAAUUGACAAACAAACAAUUAUCACAUUAACGGCUUGUAAAUAACACUGCAUUAGGGUGUUUUGUGCCGUUUAAGGGUGCACUUACAGUCAGUAGAGAGGCUUUGAACUGUGUUUUUUUUUCAAUUUACGAAGGAAGGUAUGAGGGACAAGACGUGAAUAUUUUUUGUCGGCACAACGACUUUGCCAUAAAAAACCAGUAGAAUUUGUCCCUGUACUUUUUUAAACAAGCACUUGGACAAAGACGUAGAUAAACUGCGAGAAAAUGGUUCUAUCGAAGCUACGCACUGUUACAUAUAGGGCUACGGCUUAUGCUUUCCGUUCUGCUUUCAAAUUCAAUACACACUCGCACCAACUGACCUUCACCUUGUAACAACAUAAAGGCAGAACUUCGCUAGCAGUGUCUGCCAACUGGUAGUUUUAAAAAAAGAAAUUUAAAGAUAAAAGUUAAUUGAACUUUCAAUUAUAAAUAAUAAAAUAUGAUAUUUCCCAACUUUGAAUUGAAUUAUAAUGCUUUCAUUUUUUUAGGGACCGCGUACGUGUUUACAACAACAGCAUGCCGCGCUCCCACUUCCUAAGUAACAACGUGUAGAUAACAAAAAAAUAAGGAUUAAUAAAAUUGCUUGAAUAAAAUAAUUUAAAAGUAUUGGGAUUUUCACCAUAAGUUUGAUCAUUUUUCUUUUCUUUUCGAAAUGCACCCGUGACAGUAGGCCUAGUUGUCAAUGAUACAUAAUCGUAUCAUAAUUUAGGUCUAUCUAACUUCUCCAAAAAUAAAUUUAAUAAUAUUUGCACUGUUUAUUUUAAAAAAGCAACAACGAUAAUUACAGUUGUUUACAGAAAUGACAUUACCAAAUAGUGUUUAGACAGUGAUCCCAAGUAAACAUUAUUUACUCGCAGAUUUCAUACUCGCUUUCCUCGCUACAUUUGGGUCGCUAUUUGUGUGCACUGGUGGCUAAAAGAUAUAAGACUCGGGAAAUUUGUCAACAUCGAAAUAAAUGUUAUCCAUGGUAAAUAAAUUAGGGCCCUAAAACCCAAGUUUUUAAAAAUAUCUAACACUACUUUUACAACAAGUUGAUCGAACGAAGGUCGCAUAUGACGUCACUGUACCACGUGACUACCUAUCUAAUUAACUAGGCUUUUUGAAAUCGGGACUUAGAUUUAAGUCCGUAUUGUGGCUGAUUAUCGCAAUACUUCAGCGAACGAACUAUUACAAUUAAUUUCUAUUAGCAUAAGGAAGACAAAAUGCAUUUAAUUUUGUAUACUUUGAAAACACGAUAUGUGUCCUUUAAAGGAGUUAUGAGAUUGAUCACUGUUCAUUAUCUCUUGACCUUUCAUUCAGUCCCGAAGUGACAAAAAAAAGUCCCCUAGCUCUUACCAACAAUAAAACGCGAUAGUGAGGUGGCUUAUUCAGCUUUUUCACUAUCUUUUUAUUUAUCUUAGUCCACUUACUAAAACUAUGAUCUGCUCUGCUCCUUCUCCGCUUUCUGGAGUGCUGUUCACCACUGCCUCGCUCAGCAGAUUGCUGCUGUUUAUAUAAAAUAAGAAUAGUCUAAUUCAUUGGGGAAACAGGGUCUAUUUCCAUAUAUAUAUAUAUAUAUACGAUAUUACUUUUAAGAAAAUGAAUAUAUAAGACAUAUAUAUACGCAUACAUAUAGAUAUACAUUCAUAUACAUAAAUUCGAUAUUCAUAAUACUAUAUCAAAUAUGGUAGAGAUAUUUUUCAAUAAGCCAUGCUGCCUGUGGGGAACAGCCUUAAACACACAUUGUCCAUAUUUUCUCCUCCAGGCAGUGCUACUGAAGGACAGACCCCUUAUUAUUAUCACAAAGUCAUAGAAAUAUCAUAAAACCAUUUAUAAUUGAAGUUGAAAUUCAGUGUUUUAUAAGUCUCAUAUUGGUACAUUAAGUUUGUUUUUACAAAAUAGGAAAUGUCAUUAAUAUUUUCUUCUUUAUUUUCAUAUCUUAACUUCAUCUUUAUUUUAUAUAUGUAAUAAGCUGUAUAUGAUAAUAAAUGAUUUAUUGAAGUGGUAGUUUUAUUUUCUUCAUGAAAAAUCCUAAUGAAACGUGUCUCCAUUUUGAAUUAAAUUUCAAAUGAUUUUCUAAUUUCUUCCAAAUUAAUUGUAAGUUUCUACACUCAAAGAUUAAAUGUUUUGUGUCUUCGAGUGUUUGGCAAGACGGGCAUUGAUUAGAUACGUUCUUAUUCCAUUUGUGAACAGAUUUAUUAUUAUUAAGUAGAUUUUGUAAGAGUUUGUCAUUAAAUUUGCUAAUUGCUUGUCUUUGAUUUUAGUGAUUUUUGACUGAUAAAUAUUUGUUUUGUUUUCUUCAAAAUUGAAAUUGAAGCUUUUUGCCCGAAAUCUCUCACAGUAGGGUUUAAUAAAGAUUUUUUUGGUGAUAAAUAUAUCAUAUAUUGUUUUGCUCUUUAUCAAGUUUAGGGGUAUUCUUCUCUUGUUUUCUAAUAAAAUGUUACUUUGUUUCUUAUGUUUAUAUAGACUCCUUUUGAAGUAUCGUGAUAUUUUUGGACAGGUUUAAUAACCUUUUUUAGUGUGUUAUAUUCGCAAAUCCAGUUAGACUUGUUGACAAGAAUAUUAGAAAAAUAAUUGAUAUCAUGAAAAUUUCCGUUUUCAUCAAACAGGUCUUUAAUGUAUAAAAUUCCACUUUUUAUCCAAUCUGUGUAGAAAAGAAGUUACCAUUAAAUCGAGUCAAGUUGUUUAACCAUAUAGUUUGAGACAAUACUUCAACGUUAGUCAUCUCUUUUAUUUUAUGUGUUUUACGUUUGCAUUCAUUCAAUGUACGCAGUAAAAUACUGGUAAUGAUUUGAAAAUUUGCUUUAUUUCAUCAGCACUGGUUCUAUUUGUUUUUAUGAGAUAUUCGGGUUCAAUGAAUCUUUUAAGAAUACACGAAUUAAAGAAAGAUUUUAAAGAUGAUUGUUUUUCAUUGAAAAUUCUUGUUACCCAAGCAGCCUUGAGUGCUUUUAAUUUACAAUCAAUAUCAACAAUACCUAUUCCUCCUUCAUCUUGUUUUCCUUUUUUUUAUCCUUUCUCUUUUGCCCCAUAGGAAAUUGAAGAUUGUUUUCUUUAUUUUUUAUGGAUUCUUUUCUUGGAUAUUGCAAUAUAAUUGCACUAUAGUAUAAUUGUGUUAAUGCUAAAGUAUUGAUUACGGUACAUUUUCCAUAUAAGGUUAAUUUUUUUGUAUUCCACAUUGUAAGUCUUUUUUCUAGUUUAUUAAUUUUUUUCUGUCCAGUUUUUAUUGUAACAUUGAUUAGCAUCAUGACCUAUAUAUAUUCCUAAGCAUUUAACGGGUGCAUUGGUGAUAUUGAUAUCAUAUAAUUUAUCAUAUCUGUUUUUCAAAGGACCUACUAGUAUUCCUUCAGAUUUAUUUUUAUUGAGUUGCAUUCCUGAUACCUGACCAAAGUGUUCAAAUUAUUUUAAUGACUUUUUCUAUAGAUUUGAUAUCCUGUAAAAAUAAAAGUGAUGUUGAAGUAUUUUUAUUUCAUUAGUCAUAAGGUCAUUACUAAAGCCUUUAACCUCUGGUGAAUUGUGAAUUGUUUUCGACAUUAUUUCUACGAUAAAUAGAAAAAGCAAUGCUGAGAUUGGACAUCCUUGUCGAAUGCCUUUGGUCAUUUUACAGGUCCUAGACAUCCAUCCAUUAUUUUUUAUGCGAUAUACAGGAUUUGUAUAUAAAAAUGUUAUCCAUUUUAUGAAUUGCACUCCAAAAUUAAAUUUAUUAAGGGUGUUGAACAUAAAGUUCCAUUCUACAGAAUCGAAAGCUUUUUGAAAUCAAGAAGUAAGAUUGCUCCUUUUUGUUUUGUUUCAGAGUAUUCAAAUAUAUCAAGUAAAAGUCUUGCAUUUUCACCGAUAUAUCUACCUUUAAUGUAUGCGGAUUGGUCUUUACUUAUUAGUUUAUCUAUAACUUUUUGUAAUCUUAUAGCGAAAAUUUGUGCUAAAAUUUUAUAAUCACAAUUUGUAAGACUAAUUGGUCUAUAAUUUCGAAGAUUUAAAAAAUAUUAAUAAAUAGCGUUUUCAAUUUUUAUAAAAAAAGAUUCUAAAUUUUUUUUAGAACGUUUAAAUCUGAGUCUUUUAUGCAUGUUUUAUUAGAUAUUCGUAUCAUGCACCAAAUCACAGCAAAAUUUGGACUCUAGAAUCUCUUAUUUGCAAACAAAACACAUUUUUUAUCAUUCCGGGAAAAAUCACAAAAAAUUCAUAUAAAAUGAUUGAGAGCUCUGUCGAUGGUGAAAUCAAACGUCCAAUUCGAAAUAAGAUAUUAUCCGUUCAAUAACUAAAGAAGUCUUUGCUUGCCAAUUACCAAACUUGGUACAGUGGUUGUCCCUAAAGUGUAGAAGACCCUACAUAUUUUCAGGUCACAAGGUCAAGGGUCAAACUGGACAGAAUGAGAUAUCGUCCACUCAAUAUCUGAAGAACUCUUUGCUUGACAGUUACCAAACUUGAUACAGUGGUUGCCCUAUCGAUUUUCGGGUCACAAGGGUCAAACUUGGCAUAGUAAGAUAUUGUCCGCUCAAUAUCUUGAGAACGCUUUGCUUGACAUACAUCAAACUUUGUAACCUGGUAUAUCAUAAGGUGUGGAUAACCUAUUUGAUUUUGGGGUCAAUGGUCAAACUACAUCUGGACAUAAGAUAUCCGCUCAGUACCUUGAGACCCUUUGCUUGAUAGACAUCAAACUUGGUACAUUGUUGCCCCCUAAAUAGUAGAUGUCCCCACUGGUUUUCAAAGUCAAAAGGUCUAGCUAAGGUCAUGACUUAAAUGAUUGGUUAUUUUGAUAUGUCUAUUCAGUAUCCUGAGAGAUCAAACUUACUAUUACAUGUAACCCACAUUAUCACUGUCACUAUAAACAUUCUAAAUCUUUAGCAAUAUUGUCACACGGGGGAGGGGGCAUAGUUUUUAAAACAUUUCUUGUUCUCUCUGUGUCUUUCCCUCCUCUAUCUUUAAAUUGUGAGCUGAAAUCCUUAGCCGCCUUAUAAGUAUUUUAUACUUUUUUAGAAAAUGCAUUGCUUUUAUUGGACCUAAGCCUGUUUUCCUAUGAGGCGCCCCAAAAGUUUUAAAACACCGUAAAUAUGUGGAACCAAGCCCGGAAAUUCAAGAGAUUGUGUCUGUUGUGCGUCACGUUGUUUGUCGUCUGCUCUGUGGUGAUGCGGUCAUUCAUCGGAGGCAAAUGUGGCUUUACGACAAGUCUUAAAAAGGCAAAAUAUCAAAUCGCUUCGUUCUUUGGUAUACAGAGAUUGUCGAAGGAGAAGAGGACGAUAAUAAACGAAAAUGUGACGGUCAUAACAGCCUUCUGGGACCUCGGGAGUUUCCGGAAAGGAACGGGGUCACUCGAGUACUCCCCUCGUGAUUACAAAACCUGGGCCUCGGUGUUCGAAAAGAUGACUAAUCCUCUUAUCGUUUAUACAGAUUCAUGGAACUUUAAACUUUGGAUGGAACAUUACCGUGAAUAUUUUUCAAACAAAACCAAAUUAAUAUUUACCAAAAGAGAUGAGUUUUGGUCAUUCCAGAUUUUAAAGAAUAUUAAGUUAAUAUUCGAUCAGCCAGACUAUCCAAAUUUUUAUCCCAACACAGUACUUCCGGAAUAUUCCGCCUGUCAGCAUACUAAGUUCGCCGUAGUCGCAGACGCUUUAAGGCAGAAUAUCUUUCGAACGGAAUUUUACGCUUGGUUGGAUGUCGGCUACUUUCGUGAUGCCACCUGUGACGAAGAUUACUUCCAAGUGAAUCCACCAUCAGGCAUAGAUAAGACACGACUGUCUGCGAACAAAGUUCAUGACGUUCCAACCAAUGUAUCACUGGAGUCGAUAUUUAAAGAAAACCGAGUUUGGGUGGGAGGAGGUAUGCUAAUAGGGACCAAAGACGUGUUUCUGAAAUUUGAAAAAUUGUAUAAAAGAGCAGUAAAGUUUUUCAUAAAACGUAAAUUGAUGAAUUCAGACCAACAAGUUAUCUAUGGAAUAUAUAGUACUGAGGGAAGGAAACAUUUGGCGCCUGACGUGGAAUUACAACUGUAUUCUCCUGCAGAUUCACAUGUAGUUAUAACGGAUAAUGUUUGGUUUCACUUGGGAUACAUGUGUCAUGAAUAUGUCUAACGAUAACGAUGAUAGGGCUCCUUUAAAACACGUAGAACACUUUCCAUUCCAUAUAAUGCUCUACCCGACAUGAUUGAUAUCAUAGCGGUCACGCAGCACGGUUCGAUCGCCGGUGGCGAAUUCUCUAGUCAGGUGCUCUACCAACUGAGCUAUCUGGCCACCGGCGAUCGAACCCGGCUGACCGCUAAAAUAUUAUCCACAGGGGCUUCUUAUCCAUUUUGUUCUCAAUUUAUGUAUAAAUAUCAAACAAGGGGUGACUCGAAAAAUAGCACACCAAUUGUAAACAGAGCUCAAAAUCACCUUCGUUCCAAGAAACAGAUCGAACCCCAAAAGUUGUUGAACAAGUUCAUCAAGCUGAAUUGUUAAUCAGGACUACGGGUUACUUCGCUUACGUGAUCAAGAUAUUGGGCUCACAGCGGGUGUGACCAGUCGACAGGGGAUGCUUACUCCUCUCUCUCUCUCUCUCUCUCUCUCUCUCUCUCUCUGUGUGUGUGUGUGUGUUGUGUGUGUGUUGUGUGUGUGUGUAUGUGUGUGCGUGUUUUUCCCCACACAUAUGAAUAAAUACAGAAGGAUCCUGCUCCAGUGUAACGGUUAGAGAAGAUCUGAUUUUAAUUAAAUUUGAAUAAAUACAAACGAAUUUCGUAUUUCGUCUUUUUAUUUCUUUUCUUUUUUCCACAGGAAAAGUCCAUAUAGACACACUGAAAAGAGAAAUUCAUAAUCAUUAAUGUUCUGUUUAGAGCUACCAACAAAUGAAUUACAAGACCAUAGAGUUAUGUUAUUAUCUGGUUGAGGACAUGUUUGUUCCACAGAACUGACCUGAAGUGCUAAACCCACGUAAUCCCGGGCCCGGUCGAUGAAUCGAUCCCAAACAAUAAUUCCGAAACUGGUGCAUAUGCAUGUAGAUACUGAAGGAUUUUUAUGUACUGUAUUUGGGGAGAAAUUAUCUAAUUUUAAAUUUAGAAUAUAAAUGAUCUAAUUUUGUAAUUAUGAUAAAUACAUUUAAUUUCUCUGUAUUAUAUAUAUUUGCAGUGAGACAAAAACCAUUGGCAGCCCUAAAUUUACUUUUCCGAAGUUCAGGAAUUUCCCUAAUGAAAUUUUUAUUUCGUAUCUAUUUUCGCUACAACCGAUUCUUUUUUAAUUUCACCACAACGGAUUCUUAUUUAAUUUCUCCAGAACUGAUUUUUAUUUAAUUUCAACACAACCGAUUCUUAUUUAAUUUCACCAAAACCGAUUCUUAUCUAAUUUUACCAAAACGGAUUCUUAUUUAGUUUCACCAAAACUGAUUCUUUUUUAAUUUCAUCAAAACUGAUUUUUACUUAAUUUCACCAUAACCGAUUCUUCUUUGAUUUCACCACAACCGAUUUUUUUUUUUAAUUUCAUGACAACUGACUUUACCCGGGGAUCAUGAAAUUUACAAUUUUGGUAGAAGACUCCUUGAUCUACAUCACUUUGCAUUUACCGUAGUUUUUCUUAUACAUGUGCGGUUGUAGAAAAAAAUUGAAAAUUGGUCAAUUUUUGCCCCGCCCAAAAGGCCCCAGGGAUGCAGGAGUCCUGAAAUUUACUAUUUAUGUUCCCCUUGUUCCAGUGAUGUUUCAUACCAAAGAAGGUAUUGCACGUCUCAUGUUAAUUUCCCUAAAGGUGUUGCAUGAAAGAUAGAAAAAUUUAAGUUAUUCAAAUAUAUGAUAAAACCAAUUGGAACGUAUGUCUUGAUUCAAAUUUUUUUGAAAAUGAGUGUAAAAGACGUUUAUUGACAAAAUUAGCCAAAAUAUUUCGAGCUUAAAUCAAGCAAUAAGCGAUUUAUAUGAUUUUUAGCGUUAAAAUGGAGGAGUAUCCCCGAAUUUCAGAAAAACUGCCUCCGUGAAACGAAAUAAAUUUAGCAUGAACAUGUUCUUCGAAUUUUCCUCUAAAAAACUGUCGCUUUGAAAUUUUGUUUCACGGGGGCAUUUUUUUUUUGUUGUGCAAAUUUUAAAAAAUCGAAACGACUUCACUAGUAUUAUUUUCAACUUCACCUGUACGUUAAUUUUCCUGAAUAAUGUAUGGUCUACUGCGUGGUUCAGUGGAUAAGGUCGUCGACUCUUAAAUGUAAAGAUGUUUAUAUUUUGAAAACGACCGGGUUCGACUCCCUCACGAACAUAUUUUUUUUUUUCAUAUUCCUUUUCCAUCUAAUUUUUUUUUCUUAAUUGAAACACGCUUCUAGUUUUUAUAAAUGUUUCAUGUCAAAUCGCUGUUUAUUACCAUGUUCCGAGUUUGAAAUAAGCUUCCAACCUGGACAAUGUUUAGUUUGUGAAUAAGACUCUCACAAACACGCCGAAUACAGCAUGCAAUACCUGUGUUUUGAUAGUCAAGGCUGCUAACGAGAACUUGUAUGUUUUUGUGAAUGAAAGUUGUUGACAAAGGCAUGAACUUUGCAAAGCUUUGGAAGAAAAACUUUAAGGCCAAACGAGGUAAAUAACCGUUAAACAAUUUGAGUUUAUAUGUAUUCCAGUAGCAAAUUGCUAUGUUGUAUCAAUUUUUACAGGUGCAUGUACUUUGAAUAAUGUUGAAUUAUAUUAAUGCGUAUUAAACUUCCCAUAUAUUGUUUUGUGACCAGAGUCAUGUAUAGUUGCCAAAUGUUGGUUGUAAAAAAUAAAACAUACGAGUAUAAGAGCUUUUGGACUGUAGUAGUAUAGAAUAUUAAAUAUUUGAUACACUCGUAACAUGUAACCAUUAUACAUUGUAUUGAUACUCAGGAAAAAAAGAAGACAAUUUAAUUUUCACGAUUUCAAAAAUUAUCUUUAGACUACAUGUAUAAUGUAUUGACACAUAAAAUGUAUUAGGCUUGUCCUUAGUACUGGGGAAUCCUUCAGGUAUUUAAAUGGCAAAUGCGCAAUGAGUAUAAAUGUGAAUGAAGGUCAGUUCUACGUCACAAAUGUUGGCACGGAGCUCCGAUUAGGGAAAAUUCCCGCUUCUGUGCAACAUCCUCUUUGAAAAGAAUUGGAUUGGUAGUUAUCAAGAAGUUAAAAAUGUUCCAUUGUUCACAUAUAUAUUUAAUAUCUGACCAUUUCGGCCCCAUCCUAUGGUGUCCGGAUAGGGCCAUUUGCGAAAGCGUGACUCCGCGUUAGUCACAACACGCCGUCACGCCAACAAGCAACGCGCCUUCGCGCUCUCACGACAACAAGCAACGCGCCUUCGCGCUCUCACGCUAACAAGCAACGCGCCUUCACGCAGACAAGCAACGCGCCUUCGCACUCUCACGACAACAAGCAACGCGCCUUCGCGCAGACAAGCAACGCUGCGCGAAGGCGUAAUGCUUGUUGGCGUGAGAGCGC